UCUCACUCUUCACUUCAGUGUGCCUAUAUUGUCUCCCAUUUCUUGCCAAAGCCCGCAAUCCCUCCGUUUCCGAAACCUGCCCCACAAAUGGACGAUCCCGAAACUUCAAGCAAAUCAACUGCCCAGAUGGCUAUUACAAUGACCUAGCUACUCUUCUCCUCACUACCAAUGAUGAUGCUGUCCGAAACAUGUCCUCCUCAAAUACAACAACUGAAUUUCACAUAACUUCUCUCCUAAUUUUCUUUGCACUGUAUUGCAUCUUAGGACUUUUUACCCUUGGCAUUGCUGUGCCUUCUGGGCUCUUCCUCCCUAUCAUUUUGAUGGGGUCAGCCUAUGGCUGUCUGCUUGGCAUUGCCAUGGGAUCCUAUACCAAGAUUGACCAGGGGCUCUAUGCUGUUCUUGGUGCUGCCUCCCUAAUGGCUGGCUCAAUGAGGAUGACUGUCUCACUUUGUGUUGGAGACAGCUUCAAUCCAAGCAUAUACGAAAUCAUAUUGGAACUGAAAGGCCUACCUUUCUUGGAUGCAAAUCCAGAGACAUGGAUGAGAAAUCUCACAGUUGGAGAGCUUGCUGAUGCCAAGCCACAAGUGAUUACCCUUUCUCGAAUAGAGAAGGUGUCCCGCAUUGUUGAAGUACCGAAAAAUACAACACAUAACGCCUUUCCCGUAAUAGAUGAUGGAGUGGUGCCACCAACAGGACUAGCCACUAGGGCCUCAGAGCUGCAUGGAUUGAUCCUGAGAGCUCACCUUGUUCAAGCACUGAAGAAGAAAUGGUUCCUGCUGGAGAAAAGGACAGAGUGGGAAGUGAGGGAGAAGUUCACAUGGGUAGAGCUUGCUGAGAGUGAGAGGAAGAUAGAGGGAGUCUCCGUGACACGCGAUGAAAUGGAAAUGUAUGUUGAUUUGCAUCCUCUUACCAAUACUACUCCGUAUAUGGUGAUGGAAAGCAUGUCAGUGGAGAAAGCAUGAGUGCCUUUCCGGCAAGUAGGACUCCGCCAUAUGCUCAUCAUCCCCAAGUAUGAAGCAGCAGGGGUGAGUUCAUCCAUCUCCCUAUGCAAACAUUAAGGACCUGUUAUUUUUCUGAUUUAUAUCAUCACAUGGGUACUUUCCAGUACUCAAAGUUAAUUAGGUAGAAUUGAUGCCUCCAGUGGCUUAUUUAAUAAUACUGAUUGAUUUCAAUAACAGUUAAUGUGCUGAAUUUGCAGGCGUCUCCAGUGGUAGGGAUCUUGCCCAGGCAAGAUUUAGGGGCUUACAACAUUUUGGCUGCUUUUCCUUAUCUGGCAAAAUCUAGAGAAGCAGAAAGGCACUGAAGAAGAACAGAGAUGUAAAAGUUUGCACCGUUUCUUUCCAUACGUAUUUCAAUCAAAUGAGCACAUAUUGUUUUACAGAAGAACAGAAAGAUGCUAUACAUCUUUUUCCCUGUUAUGAACUUCUGUUACAGUUCA